UCUUCAAAUCUCUAGGUGACGCUUCUCAAUCCGUUGCCGCUGUUUUCUCUCCGUCUCGUAACGGUGCUGCCUCCAGUUGCGGUAUUACUAUGCGGAGAUUCCCCUGUCCUAAGAAUCCAGGUCCUUUCGUAUGGUGUGCAGCCAUCAUCUGUGCAAUAGUGUUGAUUUCUCUUGUCUCCAUUUGCCUAGUACUAUUCAUAUGCUUCACUGUCGUUCACCCGCGAAUCCCUAUCAUCAGUGUCGUGGAUGGUCAUCUCGAUUUCUUUAGGUAUGAUGACAUAGGUGGAGUAUUGCAGGCGAAUAUAUCUCUUUCAAUCCAAGUUCAUAAUACUAAGGCUAACACUUACAGAGUGUUUGAUGAAGCCUACUAUGAAAUAAGAUAUGAAGUUCAACCGAUCACAGGUAUAAGAAUUGGUAUGUUUGAAGCUAAAAAAGAGGGACCAAUGGUCCUUCCAUUCUUGUGUCCGAUUAUGAUACAGUUGAAUCCACCACAGAGGCAAGCUUUAGAGUUUGAGGUCAAAAGAAAUUUGAUCAGGUUCGAGAUCAUAGGUGCAUCGAAGACUUGGUGGCAAUUCGGACUACUACGGUUAGUGAAAUUAAAGUCUGACCUUCGCUGUGAGCUUAGGUUUACACCGUCUAAUGGUAGUUACAUCCCGUCAGUUUGUACUUCUUCGGCUGGUAAGGGCUUUGAGUUUGAUUGGCACAACCGGAAGUAAAGCAUUACUGCAGUAACAAUAUGCAUCAUAAGCGGUAUAGUGCAAAAGUUGUAUGCUCUAAUUAAUAUAGCACAUUUAAGUAAAAC